CGAGUGAAGCGAUCCUUCUUUCGCUGCUUCGUUUUUAAUUUCGCCUCGACGAGGAGCUGUAGACUUCCAAUCCACGUUAAUGGGGGACCACGCAAACCUGCAGAUCACGCCAGAAACUCCUGGCCGACCUCUGUUUCGAAACCCAUUUGAAAGUCCCAAUGACUACCGCCAUCUCCGAGAACCCGUCGUGCCCAGUCCAUCAGUGUUCAAAUCAAGACCCAGUAAACCUAGUAGUGCAUGUGUACAAAGCAUAACAAGAAAGGUUGACAGUCAAGUUAGGUCAGUAAAGUUGGUGGACUGCGGUGUCCGCAGCAAGAUUUUGGAAGCAAAGCUCAACUGGUCGAUCGAUGAACUGGCCAGUCUACUCCCAGUUCACAUAGAUCCAGAAGAAAUCAACCAACAGUCACUCUACCUCAGCCAAACAAGGGCGGAUUCUGAUAUUGAAGAGAAGCGUCAAGAUGCUAUCGAACAGUUCUUUACCAAAGGAAUUAUAGUGCCUUCGCCGUGGGCAGAUUCAAAUGCGCGUAUAGCAGCACCAUUGCUGAAGAAAAGCCCUUUGACUUCUACAGAGCCUGAAAAGCUAUCAGUCGCCUGUCAGACCACUCUGUCAUUGCCUUUAGCAUUUGACCUUGAGAAACUCCUUGGCGAAUAUUACUGCAACGGAGAGCCGUGCGAUGCCGUGCAGGAGAGUCUCAGCUCCUCCUCCUUGAGAAGGAAGCUCUUCCUCGAUGGUCAGAGCAGCCCCAGUGGAUCCCACUGCUCCACUCCGCCAAGUCCAGAGCAUGGUCCUGCCAGCAAGGAGAACUCACCCUUGAGCCAAGAAGAACCGUCUGAAAGAGAUGUGGUUGCUUUCGAGGGAGGUGCUGUGUCAUCCAUCUUUUCUUCUCCCACCGCCUGCCGUGCCUUAGCCCCUACUCCUUCCACAGGUCAGUUCUCAUCGAGUCCAAUCCAUAAUGGUGGCUUCAGGGACUGCAGUCUUGGCAACAGCCCUCUGUUUCCCGAUCGGUCUUCCCCAGCUGGACUCAGCUCUCCUACUCUUUCACCAAUUUUCUCAAAUGCAUUACGGACACCUAAAGGUUCAGACGAGCGACGGCAGCAGUGCCGAGUGACACCACUGGGUGUUCCUUUGGACAUGGACGUCCACCCCUGUUCAGAGAACCCAUAUGUGGAGGGCUGCUCUCCGAUCCGCAGCUGCUCCCCUCUUCAGCUUCCGCAUAAUUCCAGGACCAAGCCUAGAACCAGACUGGGCUGCUGGGCGUCGCCUCCCAUCAUCUCUCCCAUUCUGAACCCAAAGUUGCAGGAUUGUCCAGACAUGGAACUGCAUCUACCCUCCAGCUCACAUCCUUCCAUGGAUCUGGAUCCAACCUCGCCUGUGACCACCAACAUGCAACCUAUGGACUCUAAUGAAGUCACCAGGUCAGAGGAUUUGACAGCAACCAAGAUGCAGAUGAGGCUGGAGGAGGAUGAUGAGGUGGACGCAGGAGGACUGCCCAGCCAGCUGACCAGCUCCAGAAUGGGCAACAUGUCCGCUGUGGAGAACUCGCAGAUGUUUAUGUCAUCGGUGGAUGGAAGCAGCAUCCGAUGUGACUCCAGCAUGCAGGUGGACAGUGGUUACAGCACCACCUCAACAGGUACCACUGGUGUGUUCGAUGGUUUCAGCGCCGACAGUCAAAGCAAAGAGUCUUUCACUUCGAUGCACACAGAGGACACUCUGCAACUUAGCAAGCAUUCAAAAGUAAAGGUAUAUUUUCUCGCAUUCUUUAGCUGCUUUAACAUGUUACUUCAGUGUCUUGGGAAAAGUCUGCAGCUACUUGUUUUGGAAAGUAGGAAUGUUUUUGAUAACAGCUUUUCUAGGUUCAUAAAAUCAAGAACAGUGGAGAUAAAUUGAUCAACAUAGAAUUAAAAGCUGAGGAGAGGAAUUUGUCAUGGAGCAACAGAUGUAGAGCCAUUUGUUAGGUGAAACUUGACUCCAAAUUACAAGCUUAUAAUGGCCAGUUAAACUCACAUUUUUCCGAAUUGUUUUUCCUUCCCUUACAGGCAUUUUAUCAUCAGCAUGGAGUCUCCUAACCAACAGUGCUGGGAGAGAUGAUCAUGUUUAAACAGUUUACAAUGAUUUGCAGUUUCUUGCUCUGAUGUUAACACUACUGUGAGCGUGUCACCAGCGGUUCCAAAGUGUGGUUGCAACUGAAGAAAACGUGAGGCCCCACGAGUGAAGUCAGAUUCAGCCAGGUUAGGUUGGAUAUGAAAAUAGGUCUGAACACGGCGAAAGGGGUUUCACCUUUAAUGAAUUGGGUGUUGCAUAACACUCAUGUUUAGGUGCUCAAUAUUUGACUUGAUUCUGAAUUUUAUAAAACAAUGGCAUUAAUGCUUGAUUCAUUUCUUUUUUUUUUUUUUUAUUUGUUGGAAUUCAGGGAUUUCACUUUGCUGUAAAAAUCCAGCUGAAUGACUUAUGACUUGAAUACUGACAGAGCCAUUUGUCUGUUUUUACAUCCACAAUUAUGUGCGGGAUGAAUGAAAUUAAAUUAAGUGUUUCUACACGUUUAGUUGCAUUGUGCAUUUCUCCUGUUUUUGUUUGGUCUGCAAGUAGU